AACAACCAACAACCGACCAUCCAAAUUUCGAGUGAUUCGUCUAGACACAUCAUCUUUAGUUGUAGGUUCCUGACGUUUGCAGAAUUUCGUAAUUUACUGUCUAGCAGCAGUUCUAGCACCUAAGCAUUAUAGAUAGAAAAAAAUUCGCGUGCCGUUAUCGACUCGUGAUGCGUUGAAAAUACAUCACCUUGGCUCUGAAAAAUGUUUGCACACGCGUUUCCUUGAGCCGAUUCGUAAUAUUGUGGGCGUGUAAAAUCUCGAAAAGUAUGCCACAAACGAUGGCCUGCUUACUGAGCCGAGGACCCUGCGGGCUGAAUCAAGUGGCAGUGUUAGUUUCCCGAUGCACGACUGUAGUAUUUUCUCGUUCGUUAGCGAGUGACCAAAAACAAAAGAGUCCUGAAGGUCCGGUCAAAGUUUUGGAGGAAAAAAUAGCUAAAGGCGAAUUAGUUGCUGAUGAAUUUCAGCUGAGAAUAGCAAAUAGUCUCCAAAGGGUUUAUCGAGACAUAGAGAAUUAUGAGCCAGAGAAACCCAGCCUCCUGGGUAAAUGGUUAGGCACAGGAAAGAAAAACAAGAAAUUGCCCAAAGGACUUUAUCUUUACGGAGCCGUGGGCGGAGGUAAAACAAUGUUGAUGGACCUAUUCUAUAAUUGCUGUCAGAUAAAGAACAAAAAACGAGUCCAUUUCAACGAAUUUAUGCUGGACGUUCACAGCAGAAUACAUGAAGUAAAAAAAGGUGUUACUCGAGACCCGCACAGCACGAAGCUUCAACCUUUCGAUCCUAUUCCUCCUGUAGCUUCGGUCAUUAUAGAGGACGCAUGGUUACUGUGCUUCGAUGAAUUCCAGGUGACCGAUGUUGCGGAUGCCAUGAUUUUGAAGCGACUUUUUACUGAGCUUUUCAACAACGGUGUCAUAGUUGUGGCAACGAGUAACAGAUCUCCUGAUGAGUUAUACAAAAAUGGUCUGCAACGGGGCAAUUUCGUGCCUUUCAUUCAAGUGUUGAAAGAUCAUUGUGCUAUAGAUACCCUCGAUUCUGGAGUUGAUUAUCGAUUGAAAGGAAGCGGAGGAAAAAAUCGUAGCUAUUUCGUAAAAGGCCAAGAUGCUGACGACGCUGUUGAUAAAGUCUUCAAAUAUUUAUGCUCCAUGGAGAACGACACUGUCCGGCCAAAAACUUUGUCCAUCAAAGGUCGAAACGUCUCCUUCAAAAAAACUUGUGGCCAAGUUAUCGACUCGACUUUUGAGGAAUUAUGCGAUAGGCCUCUCGGUGCCAGCGAUUACUUGGAAAUGUCUCAAGCUUUUCAUACCAUUAUUAUAAGGGAUGUUCCUCAAUUGAACUUGAAGCUGAAAUCUCAAGCCAGACGAUUCAUUACACUGAUCGAUACCCUGUACGACAAUAAAGUCAGAGUGGUUGUCUCUGCUGCCGCUCCGCAUACUCAAUUAUUCGUUGCUGAAGGUGACGCCGAAUAUACCGAUGAAAAACGAAUGUUGAUGGACGAUUUGAAAAUCUCAGUAGGCUCGAACGAUCACAAAUCCAACAUUUUCACUGGUGAAGAAGAAUUAUUUGCGUUUGACCGCACAGUGUCACGGUUAUCAGAAAUGCAGACCAAGGAAUAUUGGGACCAAUGGCAAAACUACAGAUAACCUGAAUGAAAAAUAGGAUUCGAACAAUUUUCGUUUUCACGUUUGACGUUCUGUAGUUUCAACGCGAAUCAAACGUCUCGAUCGAGACUUUUCUUGAGCCGCUGAAUAUCCACGAGAGACGCAAUAAACCACAAGUAUCAAGUUUAUUUAUUAUAAACCACUAAAUCGUCGGAGUUUUUGUCGGAUUUCAGUCUGUAAAUAUGGGUAAUAAAAUUUACGUACGAAUUUGUGUAA